AUCAAAUCACUUUGUUUAAACAUUUUGAACUUUAGUUACAGUUACGUUUAAUUCUUUAUAAACUUGUUUAAAGAAUUGAUGGACAAUGCCACUAAAAUUUUGAUGAUGGUUUUAGUUUUUUUCUUACUUUCUGCGAUUGCACAUGCUCAAGAUUCUUGUUUUAAUUACAAAACAAUUGAUGAUUUUCAAAGAAGUACUGCUUUUAAAAUAGCUCCUUAUGAUCCUUCAGCAUGUGAUAGACCAUUUAGUGCUGAUUGGUAUCGUUUUACAAGUGGUGCUGGGGGUAAAAUACCAACUAUAAACCCACCUCCAUACUCAUGUGGAGUUAAAUAUCCUGUUUGGUUAAAUGGUGAAGAGCCAUCUGCAGUUGGAGAAAUAAAAUCAAUUCAGGCUUGUGUGGUAGUUGAUGAAAAUCCAUGUGCUAAGAAAAUUAAUGUCAAGGUUAAAAAAUGUUUGCAGAUCAAUGAAGAAUAUUUUGUUUACUAUUUAAAGGCUCUACCGGGUUGUCCAAUGAGAUACUGUGCUGGCACUAAAAAAAAGUGUGGUCCUGAAGAAAGUUCUGCGACUGGUUUUGAGCCGUGCUCAAGUAGUUUUCCUAAGAUAGAUAAAGAUCCAGUUGUCACUGUUGGUGUAAAAGAUAAGCGUGUUAGUUUUUCUUGCAAGUUUAACACAGUAAAAGAAAGUAAUGCACGAUAUGAAGUGACUUGGUUUCAAGGUCCAGUAGAAAAGCAAAUAAAAGGUCCUGAAAUUUUUACAAAUGAACAAAACGAGGCUUUUCUUCAAAAUACAAACAAGUAUGGUGAAAAUGAAACAUUUUGUCUUGGUUAUAAUAUUUACUGCAAAUUGCGUUCCUAUUAUGUUGGAAAUGAAAAUCUCAAAAGUCGAGAAAGGAAGAGUAAUGAGUUCUUCGCUGGAUUUCAGGUUAAUCCAAAGACACUAGAUCUUUCAGAAAAAGAUAAACCACAGAAAGUUUCCAUUACAUCAACAGUACCAAUUGUAUGUGGAGAUGGAACUGAAAAUUGUUUUGUUUCAAUAGAACUGGGUCAAGAUAAUGAAGAUUCUUUUUUGAAUAUAUGUGACUUGCAUUUUAAACCAGGACAAGCUGGACAGACACAAGAAGUUGAAGUGGUUGCUAAAAGAGACUUUGUAGAUGAUGGAAAUCAACGCAUGUUUCUAAAAAUUUUUGUUCCUGAUCAAUUAGAUGCAUUAGACUGGAACUGUCAUAAAAAAAUUUCAGAUGUAGAGAUAAAAACAUCUGAUGUUAGAACAUCGCGAUGCCAUUCAAGUGGUGAUCCUCAUAUUACAACUUUUGAUCGAUUUUAUCAUGAUCACUAUUAUGUAGGGGAUUAUGUUUUAGUUGAAAGUAAAUCACGAAAAUUUAGGGUGCAUGCUCAAACAUUUGCAUGGGGUUCAGUUGCUGGUAACUGUGGUGUAGCAGCACAAGAAGGUGAUGAUGUUAUUGUAAUAGAUAUGUGUAGAGAUAAUGUUCCACGAGCUCGCUUUGCCAGUACUGUAGAACCUCAACAUGGAACAAUAUUAACAAGAGAUAAUAAUGGAAAAUAUUUUAUGAUAAAAUUUCCCUCUGGUGCUUAUGUCAAGUUUGAUACAGAUGGUUUUUUUGCUAAUAUUGAAAUUCAAGUACCCUCUGAUGACUUUCAAAAUACAGAAGGUUUAUGUGGGACUUUUGACAAUAACCCAAACAAUGAUUUGAAACCCAAAGGUGGGCAAGAAAAAGCUACAUAUCAGGACUUUCAGAACAGUUGGAAAUUAACAUCUGCUGAAAGUUUGUUUUACUUUGAAGGAGGACCCCGCAAAUGUACAGCAACACGCGCUAAGACUUACUGUAUAUGUUAUGAACCACUUAAUGGGUCUCAAAGAAAAGUCGAAUGUAAUUUUGAAGGAUAUGUUGAUCGUCCUAAAUACGAAAGUGAAAAUAAAGGCUGGAAAACUUUAGAAUUUUUUGGAGCUGAACAUUGUGGUCGUCGUAAACGCAGAUCUAUGGAUGACAAUGUAGUUAUACUUCCAGAUGAUGGUAAUACAGGAAUUUAUGACUACAAUCCUGUUCAGGUUUCUGGUAGAGUUCCCAAUUUUCCAACAAAAUCUGGUAUCACUGAGAGUAUAGCAAAAGGUGUAUGUAAAGACAAAAUAAGGAAUUCAAUUAUUGGCAGAACCUGUAUUGAUUUCAUUGGACCAUCUUUUGUAACUGAUAGUUAUGAGCAACAGUGUGUGAUUGAUAUUCAGGUAACAGACAAUGAAGUAGUUAGUAUUGAGUCUGCUGUUAAUAACCUGAUGAGAGCUUGCGAAGAACUGACUUUGAGAAAUCUAUCAUUUUGGAUGACUGCUGAUGGCAAAGUUGCUGGGCCACCAACAAAAAUUGCAGAAAGUUUAUGUCCUAAUGAGUGUAAUGGAAAUGGAGCAUGUCAUAAUGGCACAUGUGUCUGUUAUGCUGGUUUUAUAACAGGAGAUUGCUCUAUGAAAGAAGGACAACCACCUAUUUUAUUUGGAACACCAGUCUUCUGUGAUAUCCGAAGUCAAGAUUGUAUACGUACUCGUCUGAUUGGAAAGGACUUUAUUGAUUCAAGUUCUCUUUCAUGUAAAAUGACAGAAGUCAAGGUUUCUGAAGUACCUUACAAAAAAACCAUUAAAGCAUUUAUCAAUAAAGGACAGCUUCUUAGUUUUGCUGAAAUAAGUUGCCUUCUGCCAACAGUUCCUGUUAAUAUUGAAUACUCCUCUAAUAAACCAGGGAAACCUGUAGGUGGUUAUGCAAUCAGUGUAUCAAACAACAAUCAAAAUUUUAGUGACAAUGAAACUUUAUUUCUUGUAUAUGAUUCCAAAUGCAUGGAAUGCACAAACAAAGACAUCAAAUCAUGUAAAUGGAAGGACAAUAGCUGCAAAAUUAAUGAAUACUGCUUUGUUGCAAAUGAAACUAAUCCUGAACAAUGGUGUGAAGUUUGCAAUCCAGUUUUAAGUCGGAAUUCCUUUUCUAAAAGAAUAGAUAACCUCGCUCCAUCAUUUAAAAAAGAUACACCGAGGCUUUAUGCGCUUAAAGGUCAACAAUGGAGAUUUGUGGUACCAGCUUUUGAUCCUGAAAAUUACAAUAUGAGGUAUGAAUUUGAAGGUAAAAAUCAUGGUAUGAAAAUUUCAUCUAUUGGAAUUAUAACUUGGAGCCCUGAUAAAAUUGGGAAUUAUUCUUUUGUGGUCAAAGUUACCGAUCUUUGUGGCUUGUCCAGUUCUAGGCAUUUUGAGGUUGAAAUUGUGGAAUGUUUUUGUGAAGGUAAAAUUGGUGGAGGUUGUAUUUGGCAGAAAAAAACUGGAAAUAUGAGUUCCUCUGAGUGUCAGUGUCUAAGUGUAUGUACUGGAGAAGGGUAUGCUCCUAAAUAUAACAUUUGGGAUUAUUUUCUUGACAUUCCAAAAAAAAUUAGAGAAGUCUUUCGAAAACCCCUUUAGUUGUAAUCAUCGUGGAUUUAGGUGUGUUCUUAUCGAUUGUUUUUGCAUCAGCACAUGUUUUAUUUUGCAUCAGCACAUGUUUUAUUAUCUUUGAAGAAAAGCAACAAAAAAAGUUAACAUUAAUAAUGUUUUUAAAAUUGUUGGUCUUUUAAAAGAUUAUGAAAAAUUUUUAAAAAGGUUUUAUG